AUGAAAUCCACUAAUACUUAUUAAUACAUUACUAAUAAUUCACAUUAAGAACUUAUAGAUUAUUUGAAAUAAGAAAACAAGCAAUUGACUGACUAACUCAAGGAGCUCAACAAUCUACUUCAACUCAACAAAAAAGCCUUAAAAAUAAUGACUCCUUAAAAUAACGAAGAGUAAAAUAAGGCCUUACUUAUGGUCCUCAAAAAUAUUUAAGAAGAAAAUGCUAAAUUAAACUCAUAAAUAGAGAAACUUAUAAAUGAAAGAAAUCAAGCCUAAAACUAAGUAUUAAUCAAUUAAUAAAUCACUGAAGAAGCACAGAGACAUGAAAAAGAAUUGAUUGUAUCGCUACAAAACAAAAUUACUACCUUAUAAAAUAAUUUAAGCAAGGCCGAAUCUUAAUUAUGCAAAUUAGAAUUGUUAAAGCCUGAAUUUGAUGAAUAAUCUGGCAUCUUGAUUAAAUAUAAAUAGAUUACUGACACCAACAAAAUCAAUAAAGAAUUUCAUGAUUAAAUUGAAACACUUAAUGAUCUGUUGAUUUUAUAAAUUAAAAAGAAUAAAAAAAUUGAGGCCGAAAAAAGGCAAUUACAAGGCCUAAAUCUAGUAAAUUUUAUUCUAAAAUUAGAAAUUGAUUACAAAUCUUAUCUCAAUUAAAAAUGCUGCCUUGACAUCAAAUGGCAAUAAAGUGAUUUUAUAAUAACAACAGUAGAUGGAUCCAUAACCUCAUCAAUUAAUUAAAUGUACGUCUGUAUUAUUAUGUAUUUAGUUUAAUAAAAUAUCCUUUAUGCAAUGAAAAAGGAUGAAAAUGUAGAUUCAUCAGAAUCAGAAGGUCUAUCUUCAGUUGAUAAUUCUCCUUUGGCAUCGCCGUUGCCAGUCAAACUAGAAAACUGCAAACCGUAAUAAGAGAGUUAAAAGCUAAAAAAUGCAUAGGAAAUUCCUAAGCUCAAUCUCAGCCAAGCAAUAAUAAUAUAGGAAUUGAAUGCCAAAAGAUAAAGUUAAUAAGCAUAAGAUAUGAGAAAGACGAAUGAUGCAACCUUAUUGGAUAAAUUGAAAUAGUAUGAUUAAGCCUUAGAAGAACUGAAAAAGAACUACCAAAGAGAAAUGACUUUGAAUAAAACACUAGAAACUGCCAAUAAUGAACUAGAAAGACGUUGUGAUAAUUUGGAAGUAAUUUUUAGUUUUUAUGUUUUUAGAGUUAAAUUUAAAUUCUUAUUAAUUCUAAUAUAAGAUAUUAAGAGAAAUAAUAGAAAAUAAAUAAGUAAUACCAUUUUCUGCAAUAAUUUUACUUAAAUAACAAGGAUCAAGUCACAACUACACAAAGUCAUAACCAUAGAUUCUCAUAAAGUCCUACUGAGUUAUCUUAAGAAAUAGUAUUAGAUACUUCAUUUAUAGAUGCGAAUGAAGCAAUUUUAUCAAAUGAAUAGGAAUUUAAAACCAUUUAAUAGAAAAUGAUGCAAUAAUAAUAGAUUUAGCAAUAGUUGUUAUAGCAAUAAAAUUUUUAUUAAUUUUAUUAUGCUAAUAACGUGGAGGAUGCAUAAAGAUUCCUCUUAGGAUUGGCUGAAUAGAUUUAUGGUGGAUUUUCAGAGAAAAUUGAAUUAAUAAUAUAGGGUUAGAGUAAAGUAAGAAGAUAAGAUGAAAAUAGAAUUAGAUCACUAAGUGAUAUAGUUGAAUAAUAAAAUAGAGUAUAGUAUAAUCAAUAGUAAUGA